AUGGUAGAACCAAUAGCAUCAGUAUCUCUUACUACUACAGAUAACAAUAUAAAUAAAGAAAAAGAAAAAGAAAAAGAAAAAGGAGAGAAAAAAGAAAAAGAUAGCAUUAAAAAUGACAAUGAAUUAAACAAUAAUAAUAAUAAUAACAAUAAUAAUAAUAAUAAUAAUAAUAAUAAUAAUAAUAAUAAUAACAAUAAUAAUAAUAAUAAUAAUAAUAGCAAUAACAAUAAUAACAAUAAUAACAAGCAUAAUGAUCCUGGUAGUGCUGCAUCUUCUUCUUCUUCAGCCUCCUCCUCUCAAGCCUCCUCGUCUUCAUUUAUAGAUUCUGAAAUAAAUGCAUUCGGUAGUCAGGACUUGGAAAACGCCAAGACCCAGGAACAAGAAGCACAACAAGAUGGAACUGACCUGGAACAGGAGGAAACUCGUUUAAAAUUGGUCAAAACUUUCACGUCUGCCCAAAGUGAAACUGAAACCGGUGUCAAUAAACAAUUGAGUAGAAUAUUGACUGGUACAGACAAAGAUCCAGAAGUUUUGAAAGUAGAUUAUACUGGGUUGCCCCAAAUGGGUGGCGGCAGACCAUAUCCACCUGCUCUACCUGACAGAAGUCUAUGGGAAGUCACAUUCGAUGGUCCCGAUGAUCCAUUGCAUCCCUUUAACUGGCCUAUGAAAAAGAAAGCUAUAUUAAGUAUUUUACUAUGUUUGGAUUGUAUUUCCAUUACCAUGGGUUCUUCUAUUUUUGCAAACGCAGUUGUCUCUGUAUCAGAGAUUUAUCAUGUCAAUGAAGUUGUUGGUAUCUUAGGUAUUACCUUGUAUGUUUUAGGUUUUGCUAUCGCGCCAGUUGCCUAUGCUCCCUUAUCGGAAUUGUACGGGAGACAAGGUGUUUUAAUUAUUGCGUCUUUUGGUUUCAGUGUUUUCCAAUUUGCCGUGGCCACUGGUGAAAAUCUUCAAACUAUUUUGAUUUGUAGGUUUUUCUCCGGUGCUCUAGGUGCAGCACCAUUGGCCGUUGUUCCUGCUGCUAUGAGUGAUAUGUUUGACAAUACCCAGAGAGGUACAGCAAUUACGCUAUUUACUUUGGGUGUUUUUGUGGGUCCCAUUCUAGCACCAGUUUAUGGUUCAUAUAUGGUUCAGCACACCACUUGGAGAUGGUUGGAAUAUGUUACUGGUAUUUUUGGCUCAGCAAUUUUCGUUGCAGUUGCUCUGUUUUAUGAAGAAACUCACCACCCGAUUAUUCUAUGUAGAAAAGCAUCCAUGAUGAGAAAGAAAUCUGGGAACUGGGGGAUCUUUGCUGCCCAUGAAAAUGCAGAGUUAUCAAUCAGUGAUAUUGUUAGUAAAACCAUGACUAGACCCAUUAAGAUGUUAUUAACUGAGCCAAUUCUAUUCUUACUUUCUAUUUACAAUUCUUUUGUUUAUGGUAUUUUGUACUUGUUAUUAGAAGCUUAUCCAAUUGUAUUUGUGGAAGGUUAUGGUUUCUUAAAAAAUGGUGAGUUGCCAUAUAUUGCUUUAAUUAUCGGAAUUCUUUUUGCUGCAUUAUACAUUAUUUACAUGGAACGAGAUUAUAUUAGAAAGGUUAAAGCCAAUUCUGGUAAACCUGUACCUGAAGCUAGACUAUUACCGAUGAUGUUUGCUGGUGUUGUGUUUCCUAUCGGUAUCUUGUGGUUCUGUUGGACAGGUAACUAUCACCAUAAAAUUCAUUUUAUGUGUCCAACAGUUGCCGGUAGUUUUAUUGGGUUUGGUUUGAUGGGGAUCUUUUUACCAUCGUUUAACUACAUUAUUGAUUCCUAUUUAUUUUUAGCUGCCUCUGCCAUUGCUGGGAAUACAUUUAUGAGAUCUUGUUUUGGGGCUGCAUUUCCCUUGUUUGCUGGGUUUAUGUUUAGAAAUAUGGGGACCAACUGGGCUGGUUUGUUAUUAGGGUUGUUUGCAGCCGCUUUAGCUCCAGUUCCGUUCUUAUUUUAUAGAUAUGGUAAGAAAUUGAGACAAAAAUCCAAGUACGCUUUUGUUCUUUGA